AUGCUUAUGAAUCGCUAGGUGCGGGACUAUCUUGUUUACAACAUGGCGUCAUUUUUAAUUUUCACAGGUAUAUGCAUUACCUGCAUCAAUAAAUUGUUCAAAUAAUACUAUUUUAAUACAUGUACAGUUACUGCCAGCUUUAAAAUGCCACCCAAAAAAACCGUUCCCGCAAAGGGUGUUGCAAAAACGCAGAGUAAAACUGCGACAAUUCCGAAUAAAGCGGGCAAUAAAGCUAAGUCUACAGCAACUCCUGCAGCGCCAAAGAAAAAUACAACAACCGCUGGUAAAGGAAAACCAGUAACAAGUAAAAACAGUACUAAUGUUGCAAAGCCAAAAGAAAAAGUAUGGACAAAGGAAGAUGAAGCUGCAUGUAAAAUACAAUCUAAAGUUCGACAAUUUUUGGGAAAGAAAGCUUUGCAAAGAAAACUUAAAGAAAAAGAAGAAUAUGAAGAGUUAAUGGUUAGACUUGAAAAGGAGGCAUUUGUACAAAUGGUGAAAAUGCAACAAGAAGAAAUUGAUAGACAGAUGAAAAAAGAAGACGAAGAAAGAAAAAGAAAGAAAGAAGAAGCUAAAAGAAAGAAGAGAAUGUUAGAAGCAGCUUAUGAUGGUGAUAUUGAUGCUAUAGAAGCUAUUCUACAAGAGGUAAAAGAUCUGGAUGAUAAAAAUAAUAUAGGACAUGAUGUAAUUGGUAAAGCAAUCAGAAAUAAACAUCUGCAAGCCAUGAUUGAAUGUGAAGAUGCAAAUGAAAAUACUCCACUAUCAGAAGCUGCUAGUGGAGGACAUACAGAAACUAUCAAAUUUCUGUUAGAUCGUGAAGCUGACCCUAAUACUAAAGGUCAAUUUCAAAGAACGCCAUUAUAUAGAGCGGCUUUUGCUGGUCAUUUGGAACCAUGCCAGAUUUUACUACAGAAUGGAGCAGAUCCACGACUAUAUGCUUCUGAUGGACAGACACCAGAACAGGUUGCGUCACUACAAGCUAUACAGGUAAUGUUAGAAGGUUGGGAUAUAUCUCAAACAGAAUCAUUGUUACACAGAAUCGAAGCUUAUAAAGAAAAACGACAAGAAGAAAAUAGAGUGCGCAGAGAAGCUGAACAAAACAAACUUGAAGGACAGAUAGAAACUGCUAAAAAAGAAUAUGAAACAAAACAGAAACAGUUAAACACAGCUUAUUGUGAGUUAAAUAAAAGAAUAUUAGAACAUGAUUUGGCGUCUGCUUCAGGUUUUGAUCGUCCAGAGUUAACCUUACAGGCAAUUCACGAUGCCGAGUUAGAUUUAGAGGUGAUAAAAAUGGACACAGAAAAGGCAAAAGAAAAACUAUCUCAGGCCAGAUUAAAAUUACGAGAACAGCAGAAACAAAGUGUUGAUGGAGAUUUAGAUGAUAACCUGCCGGGUGUCAAGGUCAUGAUUCGAGAAUUGGAUGAAGUUUUAAUUAGAGAUGUCGGCAAUAAGAUAAAAGAUUCUGGAAAGUGGCCUUUUAUUAUUGAUACCAGUGGACAGGCCGCUAUAUUUUUACGUUAUAGAGAUACAAAUAUGCUAAAUGCUUUAAGACCAGUUGACAUGGAACCAGAGACUAUCAGGAUGGCUUUACUUGGUGCUAUUAGAUUUGGUAAACCGUUUAUAAUAGAUAUGAUGGAAGUAGAUAUGUUUGAAGUUUGUGUAGAUAGAUUUGAUGAAAUACAGAAAGGAUUAAUGGAUGCUUUAUUAGAUAAAAGUUUAUUAGAGGCGGAGAAGUUCAUGUCCUUAACCAAAGAAACCGAUGGUGCAGAAUAUCAACCAACUCGUCAUUUUAUGGCCGAUAAUUUCAAAUUCUUCUUUAUUACCUCAAAUUCUUAUCCUAAUGAUGGCUUACUUAAUAGGACAUACCCAAUCAGAAUAAUUCUACCAAAAUAAAUUGAGGUGUUCUGGUGGUUUAACCAUGUGAGAUUAACAAGGGUGAAACAAAGUGAACAAUGUGCAUAAGGGAAAUUCCCCUAUUGGUUUUCUCUGAUUAGGAUUCCAGUGCAUCAAUUUGUUAAAAACUAAAUUUCCACAUAUAAAAGAGCCAAAACUGCUUUCGUUGAUACAUAAUAUGUUGAAUUGGGUUCCGAUGUGAUAUAUCAUUCUGACAGAUUUACCUAAUGUGGGUUUGUUAAGAAAUUUUAGUUAGGAUUUGGAUUAAACUGUAAAACCCAAAAUCAGUUAUACCUAAUAAUAUUACCUUUAUCUGUUGAUCGAAAAUAAACUUAAAAUAUAGAUGUACUACAACCUGCCAAACAAAACCACAGAUUAAAUUUAAUUAAAUCAAUAAUUAGUUGUUUUUUCCCCCCAAAUCAAAGAGGUUGUAUCAUUUUAAAUGUGUUAAUAGUGGAUUUUAUUGGGAAAGGUGUGGAAUGUUUUAAGUGUUUUAUUAAUUUACUCUAUGAACAUUGUUUUAUGAAGUGUUAUUAAGGCUAAUAUAUAAAGGCAUUAUGUUAAUCCUGCCAAACAUAAUCUGUGAUAUUUAUUAUUAAUAUAUUGUUAAUCUAUUGAUUGCAUUAUUAUUGUCAUUUGUCAUAUUAUAUUAUGUUGAUAUAUACUCAUAGAAAUAGGAAAUAUAUUAAUCUAACUUAUCCCAUUACUGUUAAUGAUUUUAUGUCAAUUCAUUAUUUCAUAUUCUUCUAAAGUAACCGUGCAAUUUAUGGUUUAUUUGAAAUGCCGGAAGCAAUAGUAAACAUGCUUUAAUGAGCUGAUAAUACCUCGAAACAUUGUUACAGUAACAUGGAUGGACUUGUCGGAUGUAAUAUUUUUUUUCUUUUUCUAUGUUGUAGCUAUAGAGAGAAACAUUUUUAAUUUGAUAUC